AUGGCAGAGUCAAGGCAAGAACUGCUGGCAUGGCUGAAUAGUCUGCUCAGCCUCAACUUCACCAAAGUUGAGCAGUGUGGUACUGGUGCCGCACUAUGCCAGAUCUACGACUCCAUCUUCCUCGAUGUACCCAUGGGCAGGGUCAAGUUCAACGUCUCGGCCGAGUACGCAUACCUCGAGAACUUCAAGAUCCUCAGCAACACUUUCCGCAAGCACCAUGUCGACCGACCGAUUCCCGUCGAGCAGCUCGUUAAAUGCAAGAUGCAGGACAACCUGGAGUUUCUGCAGUGGACAAAGAAGUACUGGGAUCAGUACUACCCUGGAGGCGAUUAUGAUGCGGUUGGAAGAAGAAAGGGUCAAGGAGCCGCUCCUCUGCCACCCACAGGCAGCCGCACAUCGACAGGCGCAGGUGCUGCACGACGGCCGGUAGGAGGUGCUGCAGCAGCCCCUAGAGCUAGCAGCAGACAAGCCGGUGGUCCAGCUACCGCUGCGCUUCAGCAGAAAAACGCCGAAUUGGUGGAGACCGUACAAGGACUGGAGCGUGAGCGCGACUUCUACUUCAGCAAGCUACGAGAUAUUGAGCUGCUCAUCCAACAGGCGAUGGAGGCCGACCCGUCGUUAGAAGAGGAUGAAGGCAGUCUGCUGAAGCAAAUACAGACCAUUCUCUACUCCACCGAGGAGGGCUUCGAGAUUCCCGAAGGUGGCGAGGAAGCCGCUCUCGAGGAAGAGACAUUCUAG